AUGUCUGCAAUCAAGUUAGCUGUCCCAGAAGUUCCAAAAGCUCCUGAACUCAUUCCAGUUUUUACUUUCAAUCUUAAAUUGGCAUCUGAUCCAGCAUCUAUUUAUGUCAACAACGAAACUGAUAAAACAUUGAACUUGGCUACAAUUGCUAAUGGUGAAGUUAAAACUGUUCCAAACAAGUUGGAUCUCGAAUUAGACAUCCACUCAAUUUAUGGUACCGACGAUUUAAAUAUUAAAAACUCCGUCUCAACUGCAACAUUGGAUUGCAAAUUGUACGGGAAGACUGCUAAUGGCAGUGGUGCUUUUAUCUACUACUCAGGUAAAGUUCAAUUGGACGAAACUUCUGUCUCUGUUUUCACAAAGAAAACUAAAGAAGCUGCAAUUGAAGAUAGUUAUGUUACUUGUAACCCAACCUUUUACUUCGAUGAUAAAGUUGAAGACAAAUACAAAUGGGUUUUGAAAGAAAACUUCUUUGCUAAAGGAAGAUUUGGUAGAGAUGAAGACGAUGUUUUGUAUGUCCAAUACUAUGUUUACGUUGUUCGUUAA